CUAUACCCUUCCCCCUGCCUCACUUUCUCUCUCAGGUCUCUUUUAACUUUUUAUUUAGCUUUUAUUUACCAAACAAAGUUUCCUUCAUAUACCCACUCUCUCCCUCUCUCUCUCUUUUUUCAUUUGGAAUACAAUCAAUUUGAAGCAAUCUCCAAUUGCUAUUAGUGUGUAGUUAUGGAGAAUGAGUACUUUAUAAAUGCAGGAAUCCCACCAUCAGUGCCAUUGCAGUUUGGGGCAUCUUCAGCAACCCAAAUGCCCAAUUGGCAGUCAUUGUCAUCUGCCAUGGAAAUGCAAGCUACAGAGCUGAAUUGCUCAACAGAGGCGGUUCCUGAUUACUUUCUCCAUUUUGAGUCUGCUUUGAGUUCAAUGGUGUCAUCACCAGCUGCGUCCAAUUCCAAUAAUCUCUCCAAUGAGAGCUUUGUGAUCAGGGAAUUGAUUGGGAAAUUGGGUAACAUUGGAGGGAAUUCUAGUGAGAUCUCACCACAUUCACAGCCCCCUUUGGCAUAUAUGGGUAAUAACAGUACCAACACUUCAUGUUACAGUACGCCAUUGAAUUCCCCUCCAAAGCUCAAUUUGCCAACUGAGAACAUACCCAGUUUGGCAAAACCCAUGGUGUUGAAUUCUACAAUUGCAGGUUUCACAGCUGACCCUGGGUUCGCUGAGAGAGCUGCCAAGUUCUCUUGCUUUGGUAGCAGAAGCUUCAAUGGCAGAACAACCCAAUUAGGGCUAAACAAAACCGAAUUAGCCUCUAGAUCUAUUCCCAAUCCAAUUGCAGUGAACAUUAAACUACCGCGGGUUUUGAGCAGUCCUUCACUCAACGCAGUCGGAUCUCAAUUGGGAAACAAGAAUUCGUCACCACACGAUGGAAUUGAGUCGAGAAAUACUUCCUCCCCUGAAGCCUCGACAGUCUCCGAGCAGGCUCCGAUUGGGGAAAGUGGGCUUAAGGCCACCAAUGAUUCCAAUUCCAGGAAAAGAAAAGCAGCUCCAAAAGGAAAAGCGAAGGAACCUUCGCAAUCCCCAUCAAACAAUGCUUCAAAGGUGACUGAAGCCAAUAAUGAGUCCAAUUCAAAGCGAAUCAAGACCAAUGAAGGCAAUGGUAAUGCUAAAGCAGAGGAGGAGGAUAAGCAGACAAAGUCUGCAGAGCCUCCUAAGGACUAUAUUCAUGUUAGAGCAAGAAGAGGUCAAGCCACUGAUAGUCAUAGUCUUGCAGAAAGAGUUCGCAGAGAGAAAAUUAGUGAAAGAAUGAAGCUUCUUCAAGAUCUUGUUCCAGGUUGCAACAAGGUCACUGGGAAAGCUCUUAUGCUUGAUGAGAUUAUAAACUAUGUCCAAUCACUGCAAAGAAAAGUUGAGUUCCUUUCGAUGAAGUUAGCGUCUGUCGAUACCAGGGUGGAUGUUAAUAUGGAUAGCAUAUUGUCAAUGGAUGUAUUCAAAUCAAACACUUGUUUGCUAAACCCUAUAUUCCCAUUAGAUUCCUCGGCAUCGGCCUUUUUCGACCAACAGAAUCCAACAGUAGCAGCUCUGCAUAACACCAACAUCUCUAAUGGGACAAUGUCCCCACUUGAUUCUGCAUUAUGCAGAAAUAUUAACAUGCAAUUAACAUCACUUGAUGGAUUUAAUGAUAGCGGAGCGCAGUUUUCAACAUUCAGUGAGGAUGACUUGCAAACAAUUGUGCAAAUGGGUUUUGGCCAGAACCCUAAUAAGGAAUCUACAUUGCUCUCACAAAGCUUCCUUGAUUCAAACCAAGCAUCCAACAUGAAAACUGAGUUCUAAAUUCACAGUUUUUACAGUCUGAAUUGAAGGUCCAGAAGGAGAGGAAAAGCUGCUGUAUAUAUAUUGAAUUAGGAAAAUGAUGAGGACUUUUUUCCUCUUUCUUUUUCUUUUUAUUAUUAUUAUUAUUUUCUCCAUGAUUUUGCCUACUAAUCCUUCUCUUAUUCACUGUAAAAUUGUAGUGCCAAUUCUGUAUUUUGGGUGCAAAAGUAAUUUAGCACCCACAUAUGUAAGAUAUUAGUGCUAAUUAAUUAAUUAAUCAAUGAAGAGUUUUUCUUCACA